UUUUUCUACAGCAUUCCAUCUUCCACGGCUAACCUUGCAGCUACAGUCAAAGGAGGCAAAAGCAUCCUCUGUCAAACUGCUGUGACGAACAUAGGUUACACUUCUCGAGGUUUUCGACUACCGUCUCAACAAAGCAUAUUUGAAGAACUGCCAAGAUGACUGACUCAAAGUAUUUUACAACUAACAAAAAAGGUGAAAUCUUUGAACUGAAGGCUGAACUGAACAAUGAGAAGAAGGAGAAGAGGAAGGAGGCUGUGAAGAAAGUAAUUGCAGCCAUGACCGUAGGAAAAGACGUGAGCUCUCUUUUCCCAGAUGUGGUGAACUGUAUGCAGACUGAUAACCUGGAGCUAAAGAAGCUUGUUUAUCUGUACCUGAUGAACUAUGCCAAGAGUCAGCCAGAUAUGGCCAUCAUGGCUGUCAACAGCUUUGUUAAGGACUGCGAGGAUCCCAACCCUCUGAUCCGGGCUCUGGCCGUGCGCACCAUGGGCUGCAUCCGCGUGGACAAGAUCACCGAGUACCUGUGCGAGCCCCUGCGGAAGUGUCUGAAGGACGAGGACCCUUACGUGAGGAAGACUGCGGCCGUGUGCGUGGCCAAACUUCAUGACAUCAAUGCCCAGAUGGUGGAGGACCAGGGUUUCCUGGACUCCCUGAGGGACCUCAUCGCUGAUUCCAACCCCAUGGUGGUGGCCAAUGCCGUGGCAGCCCUUUCGGAGAUCAGUGAGUCCCAUCCCAACAGCAACCUGCUGGACCUAAACCCGCAGAACAUCAACAAGCUGCUCACCGCCCUCAACGAGUGCACCGAGUGGGGCCAGAUCUUCAUCCUGGACUGCCUGUCCAACUACAACCCCAAAGACGAGCGCGAGGCCCAGAGCAUCUGUGAGCGCGUCACGCCGCGGCUGUCCCAUGCCAACUCGGCCGUGGUGUUGUCUGCAGUGAAGGUGCUCAUGAAGUUCCUGGAGCUCCUGCCCAAGGAGUCGGACUACUACAACACACUGCUGAAGAAGCUGUCCCCACCUCUGGUCACCCUCCUCUCCGGGGAGCCCGAGGUGCAGUACGUGGCACUCCGGAACAUCAACCUCAUUGUGCAGAAAAGGCCUGAGAUCUUGAAGCAGGAAAUCAAGGUGUUCUUUGUCAAGUACAAUGAUCCCAUCUAUGUGAAGCUGGAGAAGUUGGACAUCAUGAUUCGACUGGCCUCCCAGGCCAACAUUGCCCAGGUCCUGGCUGAGCUGAAGGAGUACGCUACCGAGGUGGACGUGGACUUUGUCCGCAAGGCUGUGAGGGCCAUUGGGCGCUGUGCCAUCAAAGUGGAGCAAUCUGCUGAGCGCUGUGUGAGCACUCUGCUGGACCUCAUCCAGACCAAGGUCAACUAUGUGGUCCAGGAGGCCAUUGUUGUCAUCAGGGACAUUUUCCGCAAGUACCCCAACAAGUAUGAGAGCAUCAUCGCCACCCUCUGUGAGAACCUCGACUCCCUGGACGAGCCAGAUGCUCGUGCUGCCAUGAUCUGGAUCGUGGGCGAGUACGCCGAGAGGAUCGACAACGCCGACGAGCUCCUGGAGAGCUUCCUGGAGGGUUUCCAUGACGAGAGUACACAGGUGCAGCUGACUCUGCUGACAGCCAUUGUGAAGCUCUUCCUGAAGAAGCCCUCAGAGACGCAGGAGCUGGUGCAGCAGGUCCUCAGCCUGGCCACACAGGACUCCGACAACCCUGACCUGCGUGACCGUGGUUACAUCUACUGGCGUCUCCUGUCAACGGACCCCGUGACGGCCAAGGAGGUGGUGCUCUCCGAGAAGCCGCUGAUCUCCGAGGAGACCGACCUGAUCGAGCCCACGCUGCUGGACGAGCUCAUCUGUCACAUCGGCUCGCUGGCGUCCGUCUACCACAAGCCGCCCAACGCCUUCGUGGAGGGCAGCCACGGGAUCCACCGCAAACACCUGCCCAUCCAGCACGGCAGCAUCGACACCGGCGAGAGCCCAGUGAGCGCCAGCCCUGCCGCCCCCAUUGACCAGCCUCAGGUCAUCCCCUCACAAGGCGACCUCCUUGGUGACCUCCUGAACCUUGACCUGGGCCCCCCAGUCAACGUGCCCCAGGUGUCCUCCAUGCAGAUGGGGGCCGUGGACCUGCUCGGUGGAGGUCUGGACAGUCUGCUCGGGGGAGACCUGGGCGGUGGUGUUGGGGGAAGUCCUGCAGUGGGCCAGAACUUCAUCCCUUCGUCCGUGCCCAACACGUUCGCCCCGUCGCCCACCCCCGCUCCCAUGAGCAGUGGGCUGAACGACCUGUUUGAGCUCUCGACGGGCAUGGCCAUCACCACGGGUGGAUACGUGGCUCCCAAAGCCGUUUGGCUCCCGGCAGUGAAAGCUAAGGGCCUUGAGAUUUCCGGCACCUUCUCCCGCCGCCAGGGCCACAUGUACAUGGACAUGACGUUCACCAACAAAGCCCUGCAGCACAUGACCGACUUCGCCAUCCAGUUCAACAAAAACAGUUUUGGAGUCAUCCCCACCACUCCACUGGCCGUGCACACUCCCCUGAUGCCCAGUCAGAGUAUCGACAUCUCCCUGCCCCUAAACACUAUCGGCCCCGUCAUGAAGAUGGACCCUCUCAACAACCUGCAGGUGGCCGUGAAGAACAACAUCGACGUCUUUUACUUCAGCGGCCUCAUCCCUCUCAGCGUCUUCUUCGUAGAGGACGGCAAGAUGGAGAGGCAAGUGUUCCUUGCCACAUGGAAAGACAUCCCCAACGAGAAUGAGCUGCAGUACCAAAUCAAAGAAUGCCACUUAAACGCAGAUACUGUUUCAGGGAAACUGCAGAACAAUAACAUCUACACCAUUGCCAAGCGGAACGUGGAGGGCCAAGACAUGCUCUACCAGUCCCUCAAGCUCACCAACGGGAUCUGGAUCCUGGCGGAGCUUCGCAUCCAACCUGGCAACCCCAACUACACGCUCUCCUUGAAGUGUCGGGCUCCGGAAGUCUCCCAGUAUGUGUACCAGAUGUACGACUCUAUCCUGAAGAACUAAGGCUGUCCACCUCUGCACAUCCUUACAGUGGAUCAGAGCGCAGCUGUCAAGUCCUCUCUCUCUGCGUUGUGUUUUAUGUUAGCAUUUCCCAAGCAAAGACAUUCAGCGCCUCCAUCCAGGCCGUGCAUUCCAUUGUUGGGUCAGUGAAGCAUGGUCAGUAGCUAGUGAAUCCUCUUCCUCUCCUCACACUCUCUCACACACACACACACACACUCUCUCUCUCUCUCACACACUCACACACACACACACAGACACACACAUACAUGAAAAAGAAGCAUUGCAUACCCUCACAUCCUUCCCCCACCCUGAGCCAUUUUAAUCAUUACGCAAAAACAUAUUUACUUUAUGUUGAUGAUGUUGUUCUACUCCGGCACUGAAUCGACUCGCCAUACUUGACCAUUCCAGUGAAAAAAGAAAGAAGUGUGUUUUUUUUUUUUAUUAUUAUUAUUAUUUUCUUCGACGCGAUGGGACAGUGUGCAGAGCAUAGGUCAAAGAUAACUUAACCUGAGCCAAGAAACAGGCAGACAGAGGGGGACCCAGGAGAGAAAAAAAGCAGAAGAAAGUCUAUGUAGGCCAAAUCACUCAAGGGUAUAUACUCCAGCUCUGGUUUCCUCCUCAUAAGCCACAGCACCAACCACUAUAGUACGGUAGCUAUUCCAGGAUCUCUGCUUGAUUCAUUAGCCAGGGUGAGCACUGUUUGUCUGGUGCUCUCACCCCCCACCAACCCACCCCACCCCACCCCAGCCCACCCCCCUUGUGCUAAUGUGGUGUGUUUGCUGCCAUUAGCUGGUUUUGAUGGUGUUUAAUGUGGUCCCCCGUGGGGCGAUCGCUGUGCCGCAGCACUGACAUGCCUGUUGCGUGCAACAAGCUGCGUCGUGCAUGGCGAAACCCAUAACUCCCACAACUUCCACUAAAAUACUAAUUGUAUUAAAUAUUAUGGUGUAUACAUAUGUGUAGUGCUUCAUCCCCAUUUACCAAUGCGAUAUUUUUCCAUACGCAAUUGUAGAUUUAAAAAAAAGAAAAGAAAAGAACAAUGAUGGCAGUUGCCUCAGAGAAUAUAAAAUAGUGUGGUUGUCUUAAAACAAUGCCAAGCACUGAUGUGUGCUUUUGUGUAUUCUAUUUUGUGUUUACUCCGAGUCUUAAGAUGGUGUGUUAUGAGAUUGUCUUGUUAAGCCUGCAAACGUGUGCUUGUGGCAGUCAUGAGGCCAGUGCUCUGCCACGGUCCCUGGCCUCUGGCUCUGGCUGUAAUGUCAGGUACUGUAGAUUGUAGAUUUGAAUCUCUGCAGCACUCCAAGCUCUCUGAAGGUGAAUACAUUACCAUUUAUCUCCAAGCUUAUGAGACGGCUUAAUAUCUCAGUUCUGCUUUCCUUGAGACCUGUGAUGUGGAGGUCAUUUGGAAAACAUUUUAUUUGAUAUAUAUAUAAAAAAAAGAAAAAGCUCACAGAAGUACAUGUCAAGAUUAAACAGCUAAUUAGCAAGUCACACACUAUAACUGUGUUGGGUAAGGUAUGAAAGGUACCAAUAAUGUUUGUGAUAAUACUUCACUGUUCUAGUUGCCAUACAUGCUGACGUGCCUGUGAAGCUGCAUGUAAGCAGUCUCUGUCUCUCUCUCUCUUUCACUCUCUCUCUCUCUCUCUCUCUCUCUCUCUCUCUCUCUCUCUCUCUCUCUCUGUCUGUCUCUCUGUCAUAUUGGAUCCCACCCCUUUCAAGCCUGUCUUUUUGCCCAUAAUUUAUGCGUACAGCUUGAGAGAGAGAGCAAACUGUAAUCCUUGCUCGCAUACCCUCUUCAUGCUGUCUAGUUCCUAUUAGAGACUGUAAGUGUGACGCGCUUUUUAAAAGUUGAAAUAAAUCGGACCUAACCGUCUGUUUGAUGGGAUGAUUCCAUGCAACGGAUCACCACCACUACAGUCCUCCCACACACUCUCCCCGGCUUUAUUGUUGGUGAUUAUGGUGUUAAUGUGACCAUUGUUUAUUGGUCAGCUACACUCCACUCUCCGGAGGCCCAUGCUCUGAGAUACGCUGGGACGAGACGAGAUGAGACCUCGUGGUAGUUUCUGCAACUGUACAUGGGGAAGAAAGCCUCUGGUCAUUAGAGAUUUGAUGCUCUCACAAGCAUUCCUUAUUCAUUACGGUCACUCUUUGUUGCCAAUGUUUUAUCAUGUUGUUUUGUUUUGUUUGUUUUUCAAUAAAAACUGUCCUCUCUGUA